UAGAAGUAGAAGGGCGAGUUACUUCCCUUCCGGCUGUAGAUGGCUCUGGCGAAAGAAACGUGAUACAAACGAUACAAAGUACCGCUAACACAGUGUUUGGGUUUGUAACCCUUAUAAAUUUUGGAAAAUCGGCUUGCAUCUAAGCUGACAACAUGGUGGGCAAAAGCUCAAAGAUGCUUCAGCACAUCAACUACAGGAUGAGGUGUACCCUUCAAGAUGGUCGCACCUUCAUCGGAACAUUUAAAGCCUUUGACAAACACAUGAACCUUAUUCUGGGCGACUGUGAUGAAUUUCGUAAGAUAAAGCCAAAGAGUACGAAGUCUGGUGAGAGAGAAGAGAAGAGGGUACUGGGUUUGGUGUUACUACGUGGAGAACAUCUUGUGUCGAUGACAGUCGAGGGACCUCCCCCUGCAGAGGAAGGCAUUUCUCGAGUACCUCUUGGUGGUGGAGGUCCAGGGAUGGGCCGAGCUGCUGGACGGGGGAUGGGUGCAGCACCAGGAAGAGGAGCCGGACCAGGGCUGCAGGGCCCUGCUAGAGGAGUGGGUGGACCAUCCCCUCAGAUGAUGGCACCAGGACGGGGUGGAUUUCAAGGUCCGAUGAUGGGUAUGGGUCGUGGUGGACCAGGGAUGAGAGGACCAAUGCCAAUGAUGAGAGGACCACCACCAGGCAGAUAUUGAAAUGGAUUUUGGAAGACUGGUAAACGCUUUCCAUCUGGGACAAACUGUUUGUGUACCUUUAAGAUGUACAUUAAAAAGACCUAUAGUGUUCAAUUCAACAAGUUUACUGCCUUGGAUCAUGGACAUGAUUUCAUGAGUCUGUGUAGAUGUGUGAGGUUAACCUCUCUUAAGAGGUUAAUGACUCUCAUGCUCACAGAGGUUGUUCAGAGGAAAGGGUUCAUUGGGAUGCUGCCAGAAGAUACACAUUGAGUUUGCAUACCAUUUUCAUCAUGGACACUUUGCCCAUCUUGUGGUGAAUCAUUUUUCACUCAUCUUUGAAGUUUUUACAAGUUGUUAAAUGGACAUUAAUUAUGUAUGAAUGAGAAAUAUGUUUUGUCAUUUUGCAUGUCUUGGUGACAAGUGUUCAGUAAUUUAACUAAACAUGGACAAGACCUACCUUUGAAAAAUGAUGUUUGGGAGUGGAUGUGGUGCUUUUAUUUUGUUUUAAAACGUUGUCAUUGCAUCAUCAUAAAAUUCAUCUUUU